UGAAGCAUUUCUCUUCCAGUGGCCCUAUAGGACCGCUGCCCAUUGGGCCCAGAAGCUCCUUCCCCUUUCAUCUUCCUGCCAGCCCUGAAGAUUUCACUUUCACUUCCCAGCCAUCUGCUCAGGAGGAGUGGCUUCUGGCCGACCCAGCGCCUGUUUGGUGAGGAAAUGCUGACCUAGCCUGCCCUGGCUUUUCUUCACCACUUAAAUCAGGAGCCAAGACUUCUCUGCUGGGGCUUCAAGCCAUCCAGGAACAUUUAAGCAAGAAGAGCUCCAGGAGUUAGGACAGGAAGAAGCCAGGGGAGAUGUACUAAGGCUUUAAAAAUCCUGAACAUACAAGAUGAGGUGUCCUGUCCCAUCUGCCUGAAGCUUUUGACAGAAUCCCUGACUCUAGACUGUGGCCACAGCUUCUGUCAAGCCUGCAUCACUGUGGACACCAAGGAGUCAGAGAUCAGCCCAGGAGAGGAAAGCAGCUGUCCUGUGUGUGGUAUCAGAUACUCACUUGGAAACCUAUGUCCUGAUCAGCAUCUGGUCAACAUAAUGGAGAGAAUCAGAGAGUUCAAGUUGAACCCAGAGAAGGAGCUGAAGAGAAACCUCUGUGUGCGCCAUGAAGAGAAACUCCUGCUCUUCUGUAAGGAGGAUAGGAAGGUCAUUUGUUGGCUUUGUGAGCGGUCUCAGGAGCACCAUGGUCACCACACAUACCUCGUGGAGGAAGUAGUCAAGGAAUGUCAGGAGAAACUUCAGGCAGCUCUGGAGAGGCUCAGGAAGGAGCAGCAGAAAGCUGAGAAGUUGGAAGCUGACAUCAGAGAAGAGAGGACUUCCUGGAAGUACCAGAUACAGACUGAGAGACAAAGGAUAUGGACGGAAUUCAAUCAGCUUAGAAGCAUCCUGGACAGUGAAGAGCAGAGAGAACUGCAAAAAUUGGAAGAAGAGGAGAAGAGGAUACUGGAUAGCUUGGCUGAGGCUGAGGUUGAGCUGGCUCAGCAGAACCAAUUGGUGAAAGAGCUCAUCUCUGAUCUGGAGCAUCGCCGUAAAUGGUCAACAGUGGACCUGCUGCAGGACAUGAGUGGAAUCAUGAAAUGGAGUGAGAUCUGGACACUGAAGAAGCCAAAAACUGUUUCCAAAAGACUGAAGAGUGUAUUCCACGCUCCAGAUCUGAGCACAAUGCUGCGCAUGUGUAGAGAGCUAACACAUGUCCAGUGCUACUGGGUGGACAUCACACUGAAUCCAAUCAACUUAAAUUUAAACCUUGUCCUUUCAGAAGAUCAGAGACAAGUGAUGUCUGUGCCAAUUUGGCCUGUUAAGUAUACUAAUUAUGGUAUCUUGGGCUCCCAAUAUUUCUCUUCAGGGAAACACUACUGGGAAAUAGAUGUGUCCAAGAAGACUGCCUGGAUUCUGGGGGUAUACUGUAGAACACGUUUCCGUAAUAUAAAGUUUGGUGUUAGACAAGGCACAGUUCAUCGGAAUGUUUACUCCAGAUACAGACCUCAAUGUGGCUACUGGGUUAUUGGGUUACAGAAUAAAUUUGAGUAUAAGGCCUUUGAGGAGUCUUCUACAUCUCAUCCCAUGGUCUUGACUAUUUCCAUGGCUGUUCCUCCCCAUCGUGUUGGGGUUUUCCUAGACUAUGAUGCAGGCAUUGUCUCAUUUUUCAAUGUCACAAACCAUGGGUCACUCAUCUACAAAUUUUCUAAAUGUUGCUUUUCUCAGAUUGCUUAUCCAUACUUCAAUCCUUGGAACUGUCCAGGCCCCAUCAUCCUGUGUCCACCAUGUUCCUGAACCUUCUUAGCCCCUCACCCACUUCUGUGUAAAGCCUCUUGUCCUGGGGCUCAUCUACACCUGAGCUUACCUGCACCCUUCCGAACACCUCGUCCUUCCUUUCUCCUUUUAUUAUAGAAUGUUUUUGUGCAAUGCUUUUCUGCAUGUAUUGAAAUGAACAUGCAACUUUUACCCUUUUGUUUCUCAUUUAAUUCAACUACCUUUAUAGUUUUGUUAUUAUUGUAUUUUAGUAGUUAUUCUGUGGUUUAUGCCUAUGUUGUUAGUACCUUGAUUUUUUUUCACAGAUUAUUGAGGUUCUGUUCAUCAUUUUCAUAUUGGAUAAUUUACAUUAAUCUACUUUUAAGUUCACUUAGUCUUUCGUAAUCCUGCAUUUCUCUUAAGCCAGUCCUAGAUCAUUUUUUUGAGUGAUUGCAGCUCUUAGUUUUAGUAUUUCAAUUAACAAAACUAUUUUUGUUUUUUGACAUUUCCUAUUUGCUCAUUAUUAUAAGCAUAUUUUCUUUCAUAGCCUUUACCCUAGAUAUGAGAGCUGCUGCAAAGUCCUUGUCUUCCUUGUUGUAAGUCCUUAUUGUAAAUAUGACUUCUGCAUUAUCUUGAAAUUGAUCUCCAUUGAUUGCCUUUGUUCUUGAGUAUGGACCAUGUUCGUUUCUUUGUAUGUUAAACAAUUUUAACAUGUAUCUAAAAUUCCCCAGGGGGAAUUGUGAAUGAGAUGUAAAGAUUCUGGAUUCUGUUUAUUUUUCUGAAGAAUAUUUUUUUUCAGGCAUUUGGUUGAACUUAAAUUUGAAAUUGUCCCCUGAAUUUUGCAGAAGCUGAAAUCUCUGGUCAGUUCUUUUAGCUCUAUUUGGGCUGCUUGGUAUCAGCCUCAAACAUGUGUAUUUCAGAGAGUUGCUCAGUGUGUAUGUACAAUUUGAGAUUUCCUCCUCUGGAUCUCUCUUUUACAGACAUUCUCCUACCAUUUUUCAGCUGUUGUGAUAGCUCCAAAUCAUUCUUCUUGCUCUUCAAGCUAAUAAGUCUGUAUGCCGCUGAGUUUUAACUGUCCCACUCACUACCAGUUGAGUUUUGCUUUCAAAUAAAAAGCCAUAAAACCAGAAAACUCCUCCAGUAGUAUUACCUUCUUCCAAUUGUCUAUUACACUCUAGGUUCUAAGUGUUUUGUCAGUCUCUAGUGCCUUCAUCUUUUUGUUUGUUUUGCUUUGUUUUUAUAAUUGUUCAAGGUUUAUAGUGUUGAUAUAUAGGUUAUGGAUGCUGCUUUGUUAGAAUAUAUACCUCCGUUUAUAGAAACAGAACUUUAGUUUUUCUUGCUCUGGAUAUUCUAAGCUAUAAGUUCAAUCGCUGAAUUUUAGUGGUUUGUUUUUCCUUUUUUGUUAUACAAACCACCAGAUUUUAUUCAAAGUGAUUAUACCAUUUUGCAUUCCCACAAAUUCAGAAAGGGAACAAUGAUGGUAUAGGGUUGGGUGGUCAAUGCCAAGAUAUUAAGAAUAGGUGUAUUUUUCGGUAUAUUUGGUUGAAACUGAAGAGGAUUGGAGAGCUGAGUCCGACUGUGUGAUGAGCACAGCAUAGUGGUAUUGAUUGCAGUGUUCAGAAGGAAAGAGCUUCCUUAGCCAAAGACCUCUUCUCUGUCUGGUACUUCUUCCUUUCCCAAUCCCAUCUAAUGGAUAUUAGAUCCAUUGUUUUACUCCUCUUCCUCUGAAUUGCUUAACUGACCCCACAUCCUUGGUUAGUAUCUUGGGACUCUCUUAUGAGAGCUGGGAGAAAUCAGUGAGGAAAUCAGGUCUCGUCAAGAUACCUGAAAACUUGAGCAAGCAGAAUACUUGGAUUUACACUUCUCUCACCAUACACAUUUUUUUCACCAGAGCUGAAUAUGUUGGUAUGUUCCAUAUUCCAGCUCAGUAUAUUCUGAGUUACAGGGAAAAAUAAAUCUUUCUUAGGGCUCUGUAUUUUCCCUCCAGUCAUUACAUCUCCUACUUGGAGAGGAAUAUAAUGAAAUAUCCCCCCCUUUGACCCAUGGAUUUUUAACACUUUCCCAUUUGAGAAAACCUUAGGGUAAAGCAAGAGUUAACGCAGUUAAAGUGUGUUGGUGGAGACAUUAAACACCAAUCCAAGUAAACCUUAGGAAGAAAACAGGAGAUAAAAAGGUUGAUUAGUAUUUGUCAAAAAGUGGAAACAACCCAAGAGUCCAUCAAUGGAAUAAUAGAGUGGAAUACUACUCAGACAUUAAAAGAGUGAAAUCUUGCCAUUCAACAACACAGAUGAACCUUGAGGGUAUUAUGCUAAGUGAAAUAAGUCAGAGAAAGACAAAUAACAUAAUGAUUUCAUCAUAUGUGUAAUCUGAAAAACAAAACAAGCAAACAACACAAAACUCAUUGAUACAGAGAUCAGAUUGGUGGUUGCUAAAGGCCAGGGUUUGGGAGUGGGCAAAAUGGGUGAAGGGGAUCAAGAAGUAAAGCCUUCCAGUUAUAAAAUAAGUCAUGGGGGUAUAAUGUAUAGCAUGGUGACUAUAGCAAAUAGUAUUGUGCUGCAAAUUUGAAAUUCCUACAAAAGUAAAUCUUGAAUGUUCUCAUCACAGGAAAAACAUUUUUUUCAUGACUUCCUAUGGUGAUAGAUAGUAACUUGAUUUACGGUGGUGAAUGUUUCACAAUGUAUACAAAUGUUGAAUCAUUAUGUUGUACACCUAAACGAAUAUAAUGUAUGUUAACUGCACUUCAAUAAAAAAUUAUCUAAGGGGAA